AUGGCAUUCUUGCAUAAAAUAGGUGCAGAAAAGGUGAAAUACGAGCUAAAUGUAAGCAUCCAUUAUGUAAAAGCUAAACUUAUCAACAAAGAAAAACUGAAAGUCAUUGCAAAACGAGGUAGAGGGUUAGAAGAAACACAGCCUAUGCAAUAUAAUGCCAUUAAUUCCAAUGUAAUUUUUGAGUAUCCAUUAUCAUUCGUAAUUACAAUGCACAAGAAAAGCGAAAAAUAUGUUAGGAAAAUUAUUAAUUUUAAGCUGAUAGAGCUUCAUGGAGAAAAAUCUGUUAUUAAUGGAAAAGCACAGUUUGAUUUUUCUGAACUUGCAAAUAAUCCUGGGGAAAAAAUAGAAAGGCAAGAAAUUCAGCUAAAAGGAUGCACACUCUUUUCUGAGAAUAACAAGUUUUUUAUUAAAAAUAGGGAAUUAAUUUUGAUUUUUGAAAUUGGAAAAAAUAGUGAUUAAAUUAUAAAAUUUAUUAUUUUGGUGAUAGUUGUAUAAAUUUAGCACAUUAAUUGGAAGAUCAAUUAACUAAUCUUCAAUUAUAUAUAAAAAUAUUAUAUAGAAUAUUCUUAUCUAUUAAAUUUCUUUUUCAUUUAGAGGAACUCGUUUCCCGAAUAAUUUUAUAUUAUAAUUAUUUUGUUCUUUCACUUAGAGAGAUUAGAUAAGUCGGCCGUAAUUUGUGUAAGUAUGAAUUUGAGUCAUAUCAGCAGAUUAAGGUCUCAAACAGAUGCAGUUCCCAUAUUAAACAAUAAAGCACAAGAAAGUGAUCUUUCUUUGCAAAAGGUGCAAGUUAACAACGCCAAGCAAAAAUUUUUAACUUCACAACCCAGAAGAGCAACAAUUCAUAAAGGAUCAGAAGAUGAAGAGGAUAGCUUUGAUAUUCUAAGUCAAUCUACUGUGAUUACUAGCUCUAAAGAGUUCGAUUUAUUGCUAGAUGAAGCCUCUCCUCCUUCAGGAUCGAAUGAGGCUAAAAAGUUUAUAUCAAAGGAUACUAAUUAUAUCGAAAACUCAAGGUACAGAAGUGGUUCUGUUCCAUAUUCGAUUUCACAAGAAAAUUCACCUCAAAAUAAUUCUCAGCAAAAUGGCAAACUCACUAUUGAUUCAAAGCCUGUAACGGAGGAAAAAGGUCUUGAUUUCGGAGAAAUCUCACCGAUUAACAUAGAAGAGCCUAAAACUAGGCCUAAAUCAAAUACAAUUGCUCAUCCAAAUGACUAUUCAGAGUCUCUGACGAAAGGAGAUCUUUCGUCUCCUAAGAUGAAAUGACUUGCUGACUUUGAAAUUGCCCAGAAAAAAUUUGUUGACCCCAAAGACUCACAUAUUGACUCUGAAGACUCAAGUUCUGAUGAGGACCCGCUAGACGUCAGUUCGGAUGUUUAUUCCACGCCACCUAUAUCUUUCAUGGCAGAAACACAGCCAAACAUAAAUAGCAACGAAAGAGAACUAGAGAAAAGAGAAAAACAAGCAGGCUUGUCAGGACCGAAGAGAGGCGCAACAUGUGCUGCGUGCAAGGGAUGCGUUCUAUUUUAG